AUGACAACAUUGGCGAGCGACCCUCGAAUAUCCGUCGCGCCCAAAGAAAAGCUUGGUUCGAUCCAGCCUACACACGACCAGGUGGUCGUGCUCUACGUUCUCGUCGUCUACACCGUCGUCAUUUUCGCAAUAUGGAAUAUCCCCGGCGCCCGCAGCCUCAUCAAUCCGCUCAAACUCCUCACUAUAGGCUUCCAUGAGAUGUGUCAUAUCAUCAUGGCGAUAUUUACGGGCGGCACAAUCCUCCGGGUAACGAUUGAUCCCAACCUUGGCGGAUGCACCCUCGUCGAGGGCGGCUAUCCUCCCGUCAUAUUGGCCGCCGGUUAUAUUGGGUCGACCAUAUUCGGUGGCGUGCUCAUGCUAGGCGGAUGGGACACGCUCGUGGCGAAGAUCGAAAGUUUCGUGGUCGGCAUUGGUUUGAUAGUGCCCCUAGUACUGGUGAGGGACAAGAUGACUAUCCUAUUGACGUUUGUGUACGAGGGGUUAUUGAUCGGAUUCUGGUUCAUUGACCAUGCAUCCGCGUUGCGGUGGUACGUUCUCUUCGUAGGGGUCAUGAACGUGUUCUACGUCAUCUGGGACAUCGCGGACGACCGCUUCUUCCACAAAGCGAACGACUCGGACUGCGCGCAGUUCUCCAUCCUGUUUCCCAAGAUCAGUGCCCACGCUUGGGCAGCCAUAUGGAUCCUCUUCGAGAUCGGCGCCAUGAUCGGUUUCACGCUCGUCGGCAUCGCCUGUUUCAAGCGUACGAACGAUACGAUGGCUCGAGAAGCGGCGCAUUGGCUGCCCACGCGAGAGAUACUGGAGAAAGUCGGGAACCUCACGGGCCUGUUCUCAUGA